UCAAGUCUGAACUCAACACGACCAUUCGCACCGGACCCUGAUAUCGACCAUCCGUCUCGUGCCGUCCCUCUGCGCCGACUCCGCUUUCUUCUCCGAAUCCGGUGACGCCUCCGUUGAUCCGGGCAGCAACGGUGCAGGCUCGACUCCUCCUACCGCGAUCCUACGCAAGCCAGGCAAAGGCGGCGUCCCGCUGGCCUCUCGUCUCCGGGAAGCCUUCGCUUCUUGGGUGUGGGCGUCCUUUCUAUCAGAUGGACACAAGAGGGCAAGAUGAAAAUAAAGUGUUGACUGCAAGAGGGUGCCAUACUUCCCCGAGGGUCAAGGUGAAUGGUUGGGAACUGACAACUGAAGGUGGUAUUCUGAAAUUGCAUAGAGCAUGGAAGGUGAAGAACUUUGUUAAAGGACUUGAGUUCUUUCAGCUUGUUGCUGCUAUUGCUGAGGAAGAAGGUCACCAUCCAGAUCUUCAUCUUGUUGGUUGGAAUAACGUGAAAAUUGAUGUUUGGACUCACUCUGUCAGAGGUUUAACAGAUAAUGAUUUCAUCCUUGCUGCAAAGAUCAAUCAUCUCAAUUUAGAAGGCAUUUUAAGCAAGAGAGCCAAUGUCCAGAAGUAGCUCAAACGUGUCGACCAAAUCAGACCUGUUUUUACGUGCUCCACUCAAACUUUUUUCAUGUAACUCGUAUUUUCUUGGGAAGCCGUAUACGCCUGGUGAAGUCAAAUGUCGAGGUCUCCUGAUUUUGAGUUUUGACUUGCUGAAAAAUAGUAUCGUAGCGCAUGUUCAGUAGCUCA